AUGAGUUUAAAAGAGGAUUUGUCCAAGAACGGUAGCUUGCUUACAGAGGAAAAUUUGGCGCUAUUGGGAGCAAGAGAAGAUAAAGUAGAAAACCGGCGCAGAGCAGGGAAAAGCGACGACGAUAACGAAAGCGUCAGCGAGCUCAGUAAGAUAGACAGCAAUAGUAAUAACGCACAGGUCGAGUUCGACUUGGAUGGAUUUUGCAUGUCUUCAGACGCAGAAACGGAAAAAAUGGAGGACGAAACAGCGGGCCAUGUAGUCCUGAGCCAGCUGGCUAGCACUGGGAAGUCCACGUCCGAUAACUCUGGAGAACUGGCUUUGGAAAACUUCGAGGCGAACGGGGAGGGUGAGAAAACUCAAGAGGGCGACGAAAUAGCCUCUCACACGGAAGAUGCAGCUCUGCAAAGUCCGAAAGCUUCGGAUUCGAUACAAAAUAUAAUGAAAGAAAGCCCCAAACCAGACACUCCACGGGUCGUGCCCGGUGCAGUAGUGAAGGACCAGGAAUCUGAAGCUAUAAUAGACCAGGAGUUGAAGGACAAGCCAUUCAUUGUUGAAGGCACAACCGAUACGAUGAGCUUGGGUGCUGUACAAAGCGAUACGCAACCUGUAGCCAACAGUGAAGCCCGGAGUAACUCAAUCGCUCCACCCCACGAUGAAACAACCGCUAUUUCUGAAGAAAGCGUACUGCCCGCAGAACUCUCGCCUGUGCUUGCCCCAAGCUUGGAGUCAUCUCUCCCACAACAAUCAAAUCUUAUGCUGGAGAAAUCUCAAGAUGCUGCACGCGAAGGUGCCGAGCUGAAGUCUCAACCCACUAAGUCAGAAGAAACCUCUGAAGGUCUACCGCGAGCCGGAGCAGACAACCUGGGCGUUUCGAAUUCUGAAGGUGGCAAUGUCGUUGACAAAGCGGUGGUGAAUGAUGUGCACAGCCAGGCAUUAGGCGACAGAGUGGAGCCCGAAUCACUCAAACCCGAGUUAACACUUCGGCAGGGCCUGAGCUCAGAAGCUAAGAUCACUGAAUCAGACCCCCUCAAUCCCGAAAACUCUGAGGUCAACAACAUUUACGAAAACGUUGUGUCCCCGGUUAAUGGGUCGUUACAGAUUCUUUCAAAAGACGCAAUGGAAUCUCCAGCUGCAACUCUGCCGAAGUCUCCGGGAGAUGAAUUGACUUCGGCGGUUGAGCCGACACCAAAGCUUUCACAUGGGGUUUCGACCGAAACAUCGAAACUAGAUAUCGACACCCCUAGUGUUAAGCGUUCGCUUGAAGAAGCGGAUCGAAUUUCAAAUUUUAAGAAACCCAGAGCGCCGCCGCUCGAGUCUCGCAAAGAUGGAGAAAAUGAUGAGGACAACGAUGCCGACGAGGACGAAGACGAGGUUGAAGAUGAGAUUCCUGAUAAAAGUGACUUCAACGAGCCCUUGGAAAGCGUCGCUGCAAAGCACGUAGCUAAAAAGAACUCCGCAGCAGAUGUACCAGAACCGCAGUCCCCCAUGGAAAUGGAAAGUGUUCGUUUGAGCGCUCUCAAGGAAAUCACCGAAAUUGAGCACCAGUUUGCAGAAUUACGCCAAAAGCUCUUUGAAAGUAAAUUGGCCAAACUACAAACGGAGAUUCAGAUGUGUUUAGAAGGUUCUCAUCCUGCCCUUCAAAGUUAUUACCAAAAAAUUGACUCAGUACGAGACUUCAAACUGAGACGCGCUUACCAGAGGCAGAGGUAUGAGCUUGAAUGUAUUGACAAAGAAACUCAAGCCACGAGAUGUUCUAUUCAUCAAGAUUUCCAAAGGAAGGUCUCGGACGUGAAGCACGAGUUGUUACUCAACACCACUCAAAGAUGGUACGACAUCAAUAAAGAAAGAAGGGAGAUGGACGUGAUAGUUCCUGACGUUAACUAUCACAUCCCUGUCAAGAUCGAUGGUAAGACCUUGAGCUGUAUAACUGGCUACGCCGCUCCGGCGCAAUUAAGACGCGAAGGUGAUCCCCUAAGCGAAGAUUUACAAUGCGAGGGAAUCCAGGUACGAUUCAAGAAUAAUCCCGUCGAUAAACUAGAAGUGAUAGUGGACAGAAUGAGAUUCAACAACGAGCUGAGUGACCUGGAAGGUCUCAAGAGAUUUUUCAAUGGGUUCCCGGGCGCUCCCAGUCUCAAUGGAUUGAAGGAUUCGGAGGUGUAUGAAGAUUUGCAGAAGAUGCAGAGGAGUAUAUAG